AGGGCCGCUCCCAGCCCCGCCGCAGGUGUGCGCCGAGCCCCGAGGAGCAGGAAGUACCAGAUUAUCAGCAGAGAAGCUCCCCAGCGCUCCCCUACAAUGGCAGGGAAAAAGGUCCUGAUAGUCUAUGCACAUCAAGAGCCCAAGUCCUUCAAUGGAUCUUUGUUGAAGAUCACUGUGGAAGAACUGACCAAGCAGGGCUGCAGUGUCACUGUGUCGGAUUUAUAUGCCAUGCAGUUUGAGCCCAGAGCAACAAGAAAUGACAUUGUUGGUCCCCUGCACAACUCAGAAGCAUUCAAAUACGGUGUGGAAACCUGGGAAGCUUACAAGAGAGGAAGUUUAUCCAAAGACGUGGUUGAAGAGCAGAAGAAGGUGCAGGAAGCAGACCUGCUGAUUUUUCAGUUUCCCUUGUUUUGGUUCAACAUGCCUGCGAUCCUGAAGGGCUGGAUGGACAGAGUCUUGGUCCAAGGCUUUGCUUACAAUUUGCCAAAGACUUAUGAUAGUGGUUUGCUCCAGGGCAAACUAUCCUUAUUUUCUUUCACCACGGGAGGAACCAAAGAGAAAUAUGCAACCAGAGGUGAUAUUCGCUAUCUCCUAUGGCCCAUGCAGCAUGGAAUCAUGCACUUCUGUGGUGUCAAAGUCCUCGAACCUCACAUCUGUUAUGCUCCAGCUUGUGUCUCUGAGGAGAAGAGAAAGGAGAUGUUGACUGCCUGGACCCAGCGUCUGAAGACUCUUUGGAAGGAAGAGCCCAUAGACUGCUCUCCUGAGUGGUAUUUCAAGUAGUGUUCAGGUGCAAGAUUACACAGACAGGAUUUUUUUCCUCCAUUCUUUUUGAUGCUCUAUCUAAAUACCUGAACACUAAUCUCCUAAUUCAAAUGCAUUUUAAGAAUUGUAAAUGCUACAUCUAGCAGUUUAACUGACAACAUAGCAUUUAUCUUUACUGAUUCCCAAGGGAUUCCCUUCAAUGAUGGGUACAAAACUCUUUGUGAAGUUCUCCUUGCUCACAUAAACGGUGUCAUCCUGCCUCCUUGUGGUUGACAACACAUGUGAUAAUUCAUGGCAGAUUAUACCAUUGCUGCUUGUCAAACA